UUUCCGGCUGAGUUCAGGCUUCUGUAGCUCAAAGUAAACUCAUUGUAUCGAGAGGACGAAACGGAGAGUCUGUUUCUUUCUGACCUUAAUGUUUAAUGGCGCUACAGCUGAAAGACAAAGAGGCUUAUCAAAGACUGAACUAUCUCUACCAGGCCGCACACUGUGUUUUAUCUGAAAACCCAGAGAAUGUGGAGCUGGCUCGUUUCUACUGCUUCACACAGAGGACCAUUGCAAGACGUUUAGUUCUCAGACAGGACCCAUCAGUGAAGAGAACAUUAUGCAAGAAGUGCUGUUCAUUGCUCAUCCCAGGUGUAACUGCUACAACAAGACAACGAGGAAAAAACAACAAGACUCGCUUCACUGUGAUGAGGUGUCUCAGCUGCGGGCAGAGCAAGACACUGCUGAAUAAUCCAAAUUAUUGUUUAUGGGUUGAUCGCCCUGAGGCUCAGCUGGAGAAACAAAAGCAACCAGAUCCAGCCCAUUCUGCUAAAAAUCAGCCAAAAGAUACAGAACCUGAUGGGUCACAAUCUUCUAAAUCUAGCGCUGCCCAGAGUACUGCUGGCACAUAGCAGCAGUUCUUCUCUUUGGACUGUGAGAGAAGUGAAUUGAUGAGUCAUAUUUUUCUUUUUUUGUAUAAAAUAUGUGCUGCUGUGUUGUGUUACAUAUAUACACAAUCAGAGGAAGCAGCUGGAUAUUAUCUAACUGCCAACUCCUCGCUUCUGUAUAUUAUAUAUAUUAUUUUGUUGAUUUUGUAGAUUUUUGGCCUCGGUGAGAUCCUUCACUAUAAACACCUGUAGCUUCUUUAAUGCUCUGUUAUGCUGCCAUUCUUAAUAUUACCACCAAAUGGCAUACUGAGUUCCAGUGAUAUUCUGUCAUGAUUUCACUAAAAACAGCAGACAAGAAUGGAAAGAGUAUAUACAUUUUAGUUAUUACUUUUUAUUAUUACCAUUAUUUUUUAUAUUGUCUGCACAAGCUUGUAAGUGAAGUAAAAAUCUUUUGACCAUU